GUUGUAUGUUUCUAUGAAUCGUUUCUAUAGCAGCUUUAUUCUUACUUGUCAAGCUGAGUAAGACGUUUACCAAUAAAAAUGGAGCAACCAGACAAGGAAGUACAAGCUCUCGAAGCCGAAGUUAAAGUAUUGAACACGGAACUGGCACUGCAAAAUGCCGGGAAUAGAAGAAAUAGGCUUAAGCGGGAGAUCGCAGAGUUGGAGGAGGUCAUGGAGAAGCAGAGGAUAGCAUUGGUGAAUGCCAACAAAAACAGGAAGGCAGCUAAGACAAUUAUCUUAAGUCUGAUGGAUUUGAAUCAGAAGGGCGGUAAAACCCCAACAGAGUCAAAUAGUCCUUCAGACAAUGAAGGAUCCUCUGAGGAUUUCGACUUGGAUGAAGAAUAGAAACUUUUCCAGUAAAAACCCCAAAAUGUUCACCAAAAUGUUUCUUAAUAUUCGAUUAAAAAUCAAUUAUCAUCUUUA